AUGUCCUCGUGGGGGCAGUACUCUCUGUUGCAGACCGUGGUAGAGGCGUGCCAGAAGAAGCGUCUCUGCCAGUUCCAGACGGCGCCGCGGACCUUCGGCAACGACCCUUGUCCCGGGGUGCGCAAGUGGGUGGAGGUGGCCUACAAAUGCAGACCAUACGAAUUCCGCUCCAAGGUGGCCUGCGAGAAUGAGAUAGUGCAGCUGCAGUGCAACCCCAACUCGAGGAUCGCAGUGUACUCCGCGUCGUACGGCCGCACCGAGUACGAGUCCAUCCAGUGCCCGCAGCCGCAGAGAGUCCCGGAAGAGACCUGCCUCACCAGCUACGCCACGGAGACCGUCAUGAACAUCUGCCACGGCAAGCGGACGUGCAACAUCGCCGCCGACAAGGACACUUUCGGGUCGCCGUGCCGCGCGGACUCCCGGAAGUACCUCAAGGUGGUGUACACGUGCGUGCCGCGCAAGGUCCUCAAGGAGGAGUACGAGGGCCGGCCCGAGGCGGACGAGAGCCCCGACGACGUGGACAACGACUACGAGGGCUUCGACAACACCGACGAGUACCGCGGCGGCGCGGCCUCCUUCUCGCCCGCGCCCAAGCUGCACGGCGAGCCGCCCGCCGACAACCGCAGCGCGCCUGUGCUGCUGUCGCCCGGCACCAGGGCCACGCCCAGCGCCAAGGCCGUGGCCGACUCCGAGAACCAGGAGAAGCUGUACCUGUACCUCACGCUGUCCAUCUCGGGUGGGCUGCUGCUGUUCCUGGUGCUGGUCAUCGGGCGCCUGCUGGUGCAACGCCACCGCGCCAAGUCCGAGGCCAAGUUCCGCGCCGCCAACUCGGCGCCGGACCGCAUCCCCAACGGCUUCACGGACGACAUCAGCGAGAUCGACGCCGACAUCGACCUGACCACGCCCGUGGCCGUGCCCGCGGUCGCCAUCCACUCGCCGCCCCGCCACGAGCCCGCCGAGGUACUAGUCUCACAGGGUUACAGAAAACUUCAACUAAAAAGGUCUUAUCUCUUCUCUGAAACUCAAGUUUCACAUAAGAGAAAAAUGUUGUAUCAUUACAAUAUAAGAGACUUUGAACCAAUGACUCCUUAUCAUCUUUCAGUAAAACUUCUUUCAGUUUCACUAAACAGCACUGAAAGAGUAUAUAUUUUCUCAAAAGUGGCAAGGACUAGAGGUUACAGUCAUGACGAAGCACCAAAAGCAAUGGUGAAGAAACUUAGUCAAAUUGAAUUAGAAGGCCACAUUUCAUUAUGUGUGUGGUCAACUAGCAGUAUUAAGGGUCCUAACAUUCAGGUAACAAUCAAGGAAGGCCGUCACAGUAUGACAUUCAGUCAGCUAAAGCACUUCUGGAAUAGUUUGUAG